UAUAGUGAAUGCAGGGUCCGGGAGAUCCGGGAUAUAGUGAAUGCGGGGUCCGGGGAGAGUGGAUAUAGUGAAUGCGGGGUCCGAGGAGACCAGAUAUAGUGAAUGCAGGGUCCGGGGAGACGAAGGAUAUAAUGAAUGCGGGGUCCGGGGACACCAGAUAUAGUGAAUGCAGGGUCCGGGGAGACAAGAUAUAAUGAAUGCGGGGUCCGGGGGGACACCAGAUAUAGUGAAUGCAGGAGUCCGGGGAGUGAGAUGGGAUAUAGUGAAUGUGGGGUCCGGGGAGAGCGGAUAUAGUGAAUGCAGGGUCCCGAGGAGACCAGAUAUAGUGAAUGCAGGGUCCGGGGAGACUGCAGAUAUAAUGAUGCGGGGUCUGGGGACACCUCAGAUAUAGUGAAU